AUGGGUAGGAAAUCAAUUAAUGAGUACAAACGUGCUCAAGCAGUUGCUCUAUUUGAUGCAGGAUUUACAAUUUCUUGUGUUGCUCGUCAACUUAAAAUAUCAUGGAGUUACGUUCAAAAUGCUAUUAAACGUUAUUGUGGACAUGGUACGUUCAAAGAUCUUCCACGAACGAGUCAUCCAUCGAUAAUCACACCAAGAGCUGCUCGUCAUCUUAAAUGUCUGACAACUGGAGAACACCGAGCAAAUGCCAAUAUUGUUACACAAAAAUUCAAUGAUUCAUUCAGUCCAUGUGUUUCUUCAAAAACUGUUCCACGUUAUCUUCAUAAAAUGGGUUAUAUUUAUACAAAGAAAAUCAACAAGCCAUUUUUAAAAGAGAUUCAUAAGGCGAAAAGAAUUGCUUGGUGUAAAAAGUUUAGAUCUUAUACAAUUGAAAAUUGGCGUCGUAUUAUAUUCAGUGACGAAUUCAACUUAUUACGUUUUGAAACGUAG